AAAUAAUCUUCUUUUAUCAAGAUGUUUCCUGAAAUAUUCAAAUUAUGAAGAUGCAGCAAGAGUGGCACUUAACUAUCCAUUAAGAACAUCAAGUAAUAGCAAAGGCAAAAAGGAAAAAGCACUGACAAAAUGAAAAAAACAAAAGGACAAAAUGUACCUUUAUAUUUCCAUAUUUUUAAUUAAUUAAUAAAUUUUUUAUUUAUUCAUCUUUAUAUUUACACAUUUAUUUCCUUUUUUAAAAAUCAGAUUCAUCUUCUAUUAUGGCACUCUUGUGAUUCAAUACUUAACGCCUUAUCUCAUUUACAUGUGAAAUUUUACUUGAAUACCUUUUGCUGUCAAACUAAUAUAGCUAGAAAAGUAAAAGCUUUUUUAGGUCUCAGCACCAACAGCAGCCAUGGCCAGGGACUUUAUGUUUUUGGUUGUCUGCCUGUCUGUCCCAUUCUUGUGAAUGUGAUUUUUUUUUUUUUAUAUAUAUAUACAUAAGAACACCUUGAGUGAAUUUCUUAAAAUUUGCCACAAAAUCAUUCACUUGGAGUUGAGGAGGGCUGGAUUUUAGUGAUCAAAGGUCAAAGGUGACUGUGAACUCACAAAACUUAACAUGAAUAUUGUAAUUGUUACAAAAUUUUCAUAUUAAGAAGGUUAAAAACCAGCUUCACUGCGACAGAAUGUUCUGCAAACAGCCGUUUCUGGCCAUUAUGUCAGGAACAGAAGAUGAGAUUAUAACCAUAUUUCACAUUUAGUGAGAACUGAACUCGUCUCAUUCAUCUUGUUUGUUCACCUCUAAACUGUGGUGAUCGUAUUGAUCUUCUAUGCUGCUGGGUUGAUGAAGAAGAAGAUGGAUGUGAAGCAUCCCACAUUAUGGAAUUUGUAGCUUUUUUGCAGCAGCAUCCAUAAUCGAAGGAUUGUCUGCUGUCUGGGCUGCAACUUUUAACCCCCUCCAAGUCUUCACUACGUAUCUUAACUGAGUGUUGACAGGCUUGGAUGUAAAGUGCAACUACAAUUGUAGUUUCUGAACGCUAGAACAAAUUACUGUAAAAAUACAGCCAAAUUCUAGCAGUAACGUUCCGUUUUUCCAAAAUAUGAUUAUAGACUGUGAAAGCUGAUGCUUUUUUUUUUUUUUGGGAGCUAACAAGUGUGACUGAGGCUAUGAAAUGAACAAAAAAAUUGACACAAAGUGACUGAAGACACAAAAUAACAAAAAAGACACAAACAACACAAUCAAAACACAAAAGAAACACGAGACACAACAUGACAAAAACAAGAUGCAAAAUAACAGAAAAGGGACAAAACAAUGAGAACACAUAAAACAACAUAAACAAGACACUAAAGACAAAUUAGGAACAAAAUGACACAAGCAAGACACAAAACAAUACAAACAAGACACAAUACCAAUGAUACACAAACAAGACAAAAUAUUACAAAUACAAAACGCAAAAAAAUGCAGAAUGACAAAUGAGACACAAAUGAUAAAAAAAAAACAGACGAAACCACACAAAAUUAGGCAUAUAACAGCACAAAAUGACAUAAACAAGACACAAAAUAAUACAAAGAAGACACGACACAAAUGAGACACAAAACGAGAAAACCAGACACAAAACCACAGAAACAAGACACAAGAACACAAACAAAGCAAAAUAUGAGACACUAAAUGAAAAAAAUGAGAUACAAAACAAUGCAAACCAACAAAGCAGAAAAAAAACAACAAAAAAGAGACACUAAACCACAGUUAGAAGGUAAUAUUGUUUACAGUGGCAACACGAUAUAAAAGCAAUAUGUUAUUGAAAAGUUUUGUUACAAUAUUAAACAGCAAACAUAAUUGUAGAAUGCUUUAAUCGAUUUACAGAAUUUUAUUGUGUAAGUAAAUUACAAUUUUAAUGCAGUAAAAAUACAGUAAAACGCUAGCAGUUGUGGUUGGCAGUAAUUUUCUGUACUACUAGUAUUUACUGUAAUUCAACAAAAUCUCUUGCAGUGAAAUAUACAGUGUAGUAAAAGUGUUUGACAAGUAGCAAAGUACAUAUAUAUUAAGGGACUGCAUCUGUACAAUUUUAAAGUACAUUAAAAAAUACUACUCCUACUACAUUAUAUUAAUACUAUUUUAUUUUUGUAUGCCGCAACAAUUAAGAAGACAUUUAUAUGUUUUUUGCUUCUUUACAGUAAAAAACAUUUGGUUAAAAAAAAAAAAAAACAUAUAAUAAAUUGAUAAAAAAUGGUAAAAAAUACCCAAAUAGCAGCCAGACUUGGCACCAUCUAUGCAAAGCGCUACAUUAAAUUUAUGUUUACAGAAUAAUGCCUCAAUAUUUCCACACACACUUUUUUUCUGACACUUUUACUGACCGUAAUAAUAAGAAUAGUUGACAUUUUCUUUCCAAAGUGGCUUUGCUACCUCUACACACAUCCAAAUACCUCACCCUGUAGCACCUUCUAACUUUCCUUAAAGGAACCUCUAUUUAACAUACAGGUUCCUGCAUGAUUACACAUUUACAUUUCACAACUUUCCUAAAUCGUCUGUGAGAGCUGACAACCAUCUCCACUUGCAAAUCCUUUUAGUCGAUGCUUUGAACUUGCAUUAGUUGCCCCCACUACUUUUUUUCCUCCUUUUUUUGGCACACUGCUACCUUUUACAGCACAUUACCGCCACCGGCACUAAUGUAUAUCGACAGAUAUGCAUAACUGUUGGUGGAAAGAUGUAUGGGCAUCCAUUACUGCCCUUCAACGGUUUGCAGAAAAGUAUAUCACAUCAACCCCAGCUUUUGCUGUAGAUAUAGAAUUGAUGACACAAACAAUACAAAUACAAAUACAAAAUCCAUCUCAUUAAAUAUUAGUGUGCAGCACUUACCUUUAAGAUAAAUGUAUGAGUCAAUAUAUAAUUGUGGGAUUUUUGUAACAUACUUGACCGGUAUCAUAGUUGACGUUUUUGCUGUUUUCAGGCCUAAAAUCAACAUGGCCACCUAUAACCAAACACCACAUGACAUUUUUAGAGAAAGAUUCUUCUAAAUAUUAUAUAUACAAUUGAUUAAAUUGAAAUUGAAAGUUAUUUAUGAAGAUAUUGUAGUAAAUCUAUUGACAUGAGAUAAAUCUUGACUCACACACUACUUUAUGUUAAAUAACUCAGAAAGCCUUGGAGUCUUGCCAGUCUUUUCUUCAGGAGGAAAUGACAUCAUGUGGAGCAGGUCAUGUGAUCUGGAAUUAGCACACUUCCUGGAGAGGUGUUUUUGUAAUGGGGAACUUGGUUGAAAUUAUUUCUCAGACACAAAUACAAUUUAUUUUCCAUAUAAAAUUUGAUAUAUUGCCAAAAAAUAAAUAUCUGGCAUGAUUAUCUCAACUUGAUAAAUAGAACACAAUCAAAACAAUUUUGGAUUAAGCUCAUUUUAUUAUUGUUUAGCUAAUUAGAAGGUGGUUGUUAUUUAAUUUGGACAGUUAUUUAGUUGACAUUUUAGUGACACCCAGUCAUUUGCUAUUCAUAAGUGAUUGUUUCCAUAAUAAAUAAUUAUGGAAUUUGUAAAGACAUGAUCAUAAUAAACAUAAAAACCUUCAUUUUUUUUAAACUUUAAAUAAAAAUGUAUGCAAGAUAUAUCCCAUAGACUUCAAAAGUCCCUUAAUUAUAUAUUGAUCCGUGUAUAUUUAUUACCUCUGACCUCUUGUGCAAUGAACGGAACAACAGAUUUAGCUUUGAACUGAGUUUUAUAAUAACAUGUUAAUGUAAAAUCUUCAUCUGUAAACUAACUAGAAGUGUCACAUGCACACCAAAAGUACAUAAUUUGCAUCUGACUCUGUACUUUGACAUUAUUCUCUCCAGUAAAUGUACCACACCGGCCCAAACACUCAGAUACCAGAUAGAAGUGUAUGUACCCCCAGACCAGGCACUUAUCACUGCUGAUGGGUUGCUGCUUUCCCAUUAAAACACACACAUAUCUCCAAGCCUGCAUCCACACACUCACUAUGGCCCGGAGCCAUGUUUGAACAAUCGAUCCCAGGGGUCCCGGAACCACAACCAGAGGAGAGAUGAGUGGAAGGAGACAGAAAUCCUCUUCAGCUCGGCUUAGCACUGAUGCGUUCCCUAUCCAUUACCUUCAGCCAUCACCUUGUGUUUGCCAGAACAGGGAAAAAGAAGACAUUAAUGUCUUUCCGUGAUGCUGACUGCCCGCAUUGAUGAAUCUGCUGCAGCUACAGUUGUUUAUUUGAUCCGGGACAGAGUCUCAGUGGUGUUUACAGAAACGGCAGCAAAGUAUGCACAUGUUGUCGCAGCAGAGGAUGCAGACGUGAGCUUUAAAGUGCCACCCCUGAAGCGAUUAUCUCCAACCUGUCUUCAUCAGCAGUGGAGCAUCAGUAAUCAACACGUCAUGCCAGUUUGCGAUUACUACACUCGACGGGGAGCACUAGUCGCUCUCUUCAUCUUGAUUGGCAUCCUCACAUGGCUUGUUUAUCUGGGCUAAGUGGCUCUGCACAUGACCUGCCGAGCCAACUAAUUAGACCGGGAGAAAAAUUAGAGAUGGGCUGCUUGAAAUAAUGGUCCCCCCCCUUUUUUGCCUCUUCUGGCAGUCAUUUGAGUGUUCAGAGGGAAGCCAGAUGCUUCACAAUCUCUACAGCAAUAGCAAGCCUCAGAGAGCAGUGACAUUUUAACCUCCCAAAUGUACAGGUGACACAGAGGAGACGGUCUCUCCAUUUCCUUUGAGGAAAGACAAGCAUGUUACCUGUCCAGACCUGAGGCACCACACAGGCCUGUUAGCUCAUCCCCAGCUCAGUGCAGCAUGACGAUGGAGAUGGACAAUCUGGUUUAAACAUUAAGCCUUGAUGAAAUUACUGAUGAUGACAGGAAGGAACUUUUUAUCAUCAGAAGACUCUUCAGCCUUUGAUAGCACAUCUGCAAAAACAGUAUCAUUCAGCAUAAUGAAGCAUUUUAAACAUUUUAAGACAAAAUUUAAUCAGAAUUGGAAAAAAACAGGUUCUGCGUGAAUUUUUGUUUACAACCUCAUCAAAUAUAGACUAUAACAAUUAACUUAGUGGGGGUUUCCUGCUUCUGAGCAACAGUUACAAUAGUUUUAAUAUGUACCUCUGCAACACAAAGCACAAUGACAUUUAUCACUGCUGCAUUCAUUUAGAUUAUACAAGAAUCUAGAGAGAUUAAAGCAAGUUUACAUUUAUUUCUAGCAGCACUGGCUGAAGGACAGGCUUUACUGAGUCAUUAGUUGUACUACCAGUGCUGAGGGGUUUAAAUAUCUUGAUGGUUGUAGACCACAAGAAGCACAGGCUCUUUAGAAUACUUCACUUCAAGAGUCCCCUAAAGGUCAAAAGAGGUAAUUUCCUUCCAAAAUGACCCCUGUGAGUGAUUUCUGAACCUAACAUUAGGACAUUUGUGUUUGUUCCUUCCCAAAAGCAAAUCAUUGUUACAAGAUUUCUCUAACAUCCACUUAAGGUUGAGUUCAUUUAAGGCUAUUUAGGGGAUUGACUUCAUCUGAACUGGCUAAAAGCAACCAGCUUUGACUGCUGUUGGGAAACUGAUGCUCUAAAUCAUCCGUAUUUUUUUUAGUUGUUUUUUUUGUCUGAAUGAGCAGUUAAGUGAAUAAUCAAAUGAUGGCAGACAGCAUGGCAAAUUUUUUUUUAGAAAAACCAUUACAAAACAUUUUUAAUAUCAUGAGAUCUAAUUAGUUUCUUAAAGAUGCAGAGGGGUUGGAUAAAAAUGAUGACUUUGAUGAAGGCAAGAAAGAUAUAAAAAGGAGGAGGACCUUAUCAGACCAACUGUGAUUCACACUGUAUGUUUAUGCAGUAAAAUGUACAGACCAGACUGUGAUUCACCACCACAGCGCUCUGUAACAUCAUACUGACCCUCCUCUGAGGAUGUGGACUCACACGCCACACGAUGGCGGCGGUGCGCCCCUAAAACCGCCACAGUGGCUUUUAGUCACACUUAAGGGGCAUCAGAUCUUCAGUGCUUAAAUAAGCUGGAAACGUUCCUGCCUCUAAUUAAAUUGGCAAGCCGCACUGUCAGGAUCCAAACCAGUGUUACAAACAAAUAGAACUGAUGACAGCAACAUAAUCGUAAUGCCUGGACACUGUGGAUUCUGUUUUUCCCCCCUUCUGUUCUCUCUCAGUCUUUUAAAUCACCCCACGGUUUUUGCAUUAAAUCCCAUUGUGUAGAAUGGAAGAGACAUAUAAGCGUGUUAGACCCGUCACUUUUGUAGAUAUGACAGGAUUACUGGGACUUAGAUGUGAUAAAAAAAAUAUGUGGCAGAUAGUGGUGGCUGUCUCAGAAAACCAAUAAAUCGGCGCAGUGCUGCGUCCUGUUCAUUAUGACGGUGAAAGAUUACUAAUCUUUUUUAUUCAUUUUGUGGUUUAUUUAGCUUCUUCCUUUUUUAAAAUCGAGAUAAAAACAAUUAAGCUGUCUUGUGAGAAAUUGUAAUUGAAGAGGCAAAUCUGUGCGUAAAAAUACGUGUGGUACAAGUAAUAUAUUUAUAUUUUAUUAAUGAUUUACGCAUUAAUGUGCCAGGUGAAGACCACAAAUAGUCCACCCCUCUCUAUCUCUCUCUCUCUCUCACACACAUAAACCACACACCCCAUAUGACAUUAGUCCUCUGUUCUCUGCACUCAGUCGCGCUCUUCAUGCGGUUUAUUCAGGAAAAGCGCAGCAGUGCGCAGCGCACCUUGUCUCUCCUGGCGCGCACCAAACCUUGAUUAACGCAUGAUGCCAAGUGUGAACCACUUAGAGUAACUUAAAAUCGUGAAACAAACGAAAGGAAAACGUAAACUGCGUUUUUUUCUCUCGUUUUGCAAGUUGGGAAGCGACAGCCUCAUUCAGCAAGUGUGAUGGACUGUGGAUGCAGAGUCCAGUUAUUUCACUACUUCAGAGGCUCAGGCAGAAAUUGACAGGUUUAUUUGAACUUUUUGCGACAUUAGACCACAUUAGCUCACAUUACAAACAUUAAGUUAAAAAAAAACUAUGGAUCUCUAUGCGCAAAAUGAGACAUCUCUCAACCCUGAGUGCGUCGGAGCGCAGGCUGAUGGAGCCGCUAACGGGAGCUUGGAGACUUCCAGCAUCGCUUGCGGCAACGCGUCCACAGUCUUCAUUCCUCAGCGUGUGGGGCGGAGAGAUGAAGGCCACACGUUGCGGAUCCUGCUCUACUGCCUCAUCUUUUUCUUGAGCGUUUUCGGGAACCUGCUGAUCAUCGUGGUGCUUACGGUCAACAAGCGCAUGCGCACCGUGACCAACACCUUCCUGCUGUCGCUGGCCGUCAGCGACCUGAUGAUGGCCAUCUUCUGCAUGCCCUUCACCCUCAUCCCAAGCAUCCUCAAGGACUUCAUCUUUGGAGCUGCCAUGUGCAAGAUAGUGUCCUACCUCAUGGGCAUAUCAGUGAGCAUCUCCACAUUUAGCCUGGUUGCCAUAGCAAAUGAGCGCUACCAGUGCCAUCUGUAA